UGGGCUGAGUUAAAAUAUUGCUCAGAGAAGGAGAAAAAAAAAACGUUAUUAAGGUUACGUUAGGUUAGGGUUUGAGUGUGAGGAGGUGAGUUGAGUGAGUGAGUAGCUGUAGGUGGUUCUUACUUCCCCAAUCCGUCCGGUUCAGAAGUUGCGAUUCGUACUCGCCACACGCCACCAUGGGGAAAACACGUGGUAUGGGAGCGGCUCGCAAGUUGAAGUCCCACCGAAGAAGGCAGAGGUGGGCAGACAAAGCAUACAAGAAAUCACAUCUUGGAAAUGAAUGGAAAAAGCCAUUCGCUGGAUCCUCUCAUGCAAAAGGCAUUGUUCUUGAAAAAAUUGGCAUUGAGGCUAAGCAACCAAACUCUGCUAUUAGAAAAUGUGCUCGUGUUCAAUUAAUCAAAAAUGGAAAGAAGAUUGCAGCUUUUGUGCCAAAUGAUGGUUGCUUGAACUACAUUGAAGAAAAUGAUGAAGUACUUAUUGCUGGUUUUGGCCGAAAAGGGCAUGCAGUUGGAGAUAUUCCUGGAGUCCGAUUUAAGGUUGUGAAGGUAUCUGGGGUGUCUCUUCUUGCCCUCUUUAAAGAGAAGAAGGAGAAACCUAGGUCUUGAAUUGAUGCUUUUAGGAUUCCCAAUCUUUGGUUUUUCAUGAUUUUCAAUUUUAGAAUUUGGGAGAAGUAGAACAUGGUUCUCUUUAUCCCUUUUUGGCCCUAGUUUCUUUCUAGUGUUUUAUCGAACAUUUCACUCAUGUGUCGAUUUGCAAGAAAAACAUGUUUAUUUGUUAGGUUAUUGAUUGUUUUGUAAACAUGGACUAUUUGAAUACAAGCUUAGAAGUGUCUUUCGAAGGUUUUUUUCCCCAAAAA